AUGGCGAGCAGGAUUCAACUUCAGUAUGAAUUGGCUCAGAUUGAGCUUGAAAAACGUCAAUUGAACUUGGAGGAACGGCAGUUGGAACUUGAGCGCAAAGAACUCACGGUCAAGCAUCGGCUUAUGCAGUUGAUGACUAUCGAUCUGACCGAAGAUAGCGCCCAGGUGAAGACCGAGUCACGCGAUGGCAGCAGAGAUGAUCCUCAAGUCACCAGCAGCAGCAUGUUGUCUGCGGAGCUACCAUCAGCAGGUGAGCCUCGAGCUGACUCGACUACGAACAGCGCGCCGGGACAUGAAGACGAGGCCACGGUGGAAGAGAAGCCAGAGAAAUCAGUUUCUUCUAACAGUACUCCCGCAGGUACCACAACGGAGCCAUCACUCACUGCAGAAGCUCGUCCCCAACAGGAAGCAGAGCAUGAGCAGCAGCGAUGUCGAUCACCAGCUCCAGCUCCUGCUCCCACCCCUAUCUCUGCUCGUACACCCACAUCCCAGCUUGCGGACACCCCGACAGAUGACCAGGGCCUCCUGGCAAUGUUCAUGGCCAAGCCCAGCCAUACAAUGCCCGAGCCACAGACUGGAGUUAAGCGAGGUUGUAUCGAUCGUGAUGAUGAUAGCCCUAUAUCCGACGUACCGGCAAAGAUGCCGAGAAGGAGAAAGAUCAACUGCGGGAGUGAUGAAGAACCCCUUACAUCCUGCGGAUCGGGUAAGGAACCGAGAAGGAGCAAGAUCAAACUUGAACGCACCCGGAAUAGAUUAUCCACGCGGCGGUCGCGAGCGAAAGGGGUCAAGAAGGCAGACUCGCGCGGGAAUGGUCGUCUGACUGGAACCGAGCAAAGUAACCUCAUCUCUAGCUACACAGACCUUUUCCUCAAGCACAUUCAGACCAUCGAACAAGGGCUGACGUCAAUCUCGUCCAGGAUGCGCAAAACUUAA